AUGUAUUUUAAUUCAUUUAAACCAAGUAUAUCUUAUAUAAUUAAAUGUAAACAAUCAAUAAUAGAACAUGCAUCUAUACAACAAUCUUACUUAAAUGAUGAAGAAAUAAUCAUGAUAGGUCUUGUUUAUAUUCGAUGUGAUUAUAGAAAGUUUGGUUUUGGAGAAUUUUUAACAAAUUAUUUAUUUAAUAUUAAAUCAAAAGAAAUAAAUACAAUUCAUGCUAAUAUAUUAAUUGAACAUAUACCUUUUUAUAUUCGUUAUGGUUUUAAAAGAUCAUUUUCUUUAAUUGGUUCUAUUGGAAGACUUAAUCAAAUAAAUAAUAUAAAUAUCUCAAUUGAUGAUGAUAUAAUUAUUGAUUUAUAUGAAUCAUCUAAUAUAAAUCAUAUAGCUAUCUAUGAUAACAGUAUAUAUCCAAUAAAUCAUAUUAAAUUUUUUGAAAAAUUGCGUGGAAAUAUUAGUUCAAUAGCUGGAUAUGUUGCACGUUCAAAAAAGACAAAUUUAAUAAAAGGUUAUAUUAUUUUAAAUUUUAGUAGAUUAUUUAUUAAAUGUGGACCAUUAUAUGCUGAUAAUAUAUCUAUAGCACUUUUAUUAUUAAAAUGUUGUGCUUAUCAUUAUGAUGGCAUUAUGCUCUUAUCAGUACCUGAAACAAAUCCACAUGCUAUUCAAUUAUUUAAAUCAAAUCAUUUUAAACAAACAGAUAUUCUUCAUCGAGUUUAUAAAGGAAAUCAACUGUUUUUUAAUCAAUCUAUAUUUCAACGAAUUUUGGCUAUUAGGGAUGACUGGUUUUCAUUUAUUUAA